GGGCAAGGCGUUGAUUCACGUAUAAGCACUUCCGUUCUGGAUGAGAGAAUACCUGGAACUUUACUGUGCCGUGCGUUCCACUUAAAAAGGAGAAAUUAGCGCGGAUCACACUACGUACUACACCCAUACGUGAACUAACCGAGAACCACGUAUAUAGGCAGCAAUUAUGUCUCUUCCCCAUAUAAUUACCGGUUUCGCCCGCUCUUGAAAACGGCAAUCGGUCACCGGCGACUGUCAGGUUAUGCGGUAAUUAGAAACUUUAAGAGUAAGCAUCCCACCCGGCACUUAGGUCGCUAGCGGAAGACUUUCUCUGCUCAAUGUAGGCGGUGGCGUGGAAGACAAGAGGCGAGCAAAGUCAGUCAGUGCUGCAGCCGCUUCGAGUGUAGAGGUGGUGAUGCCGCUCCUCGCUCCUGUCUCCCAUCCACGACCAGGGUGACGAGACCUCUUGCUGUUGCUGUUCUUUUGUUCGUCGUUGGCGGUGUAGUUUCCGCCGCCAGGAAGCUCAGGUUAAAGAUGGCGUCAGGGAACACUAUAACAUAUCGGUGAUCAGUGUAAUUAUACUCAUCGAAGGGGAAUCAUAACAUAACUAAUAGUGUGAUUGAAAACAAACUGUGAAAAAAAAAAUUAGUGUAUGAGAAAUACCUCCCCCUACAAAAAAGAACCCGUGAAAAAAUAAUUGGAAGGGAAAGAGAAAAAAAACUGAAAUAAAUCAUUGGAAGAAAGAACAAAAAAUAAAAUAAAAUAGAUAAUAAAUAAAUAAAAAUAACAUUGUAAGAUAAAAACAAACAAACAAAGAACCACAACAACAAAAACAACAACUAGGAAGCAAAGAGGAGAGAAAAGAAAGGAAAAGAAAAAUGUCGCAACCAGAAACCAGAAGAAAAAAUAUCCCUAAGGACUGGAAUGUAAGAAAUAAUGACUGAAUAUUUAACCAACCAAUCCAUGAACUCUCUCCACGAAGUCCCACAUCAGCAUCAAGAUCAACAAGAACAAGAAGCAAAGUUGGCAACCACGAAGCAUGUCUGAUGGAGAGGGUAAACAGUGACUUUUUCUUUUCGCAGAACCUUUUACUUCGUGUGUGUGCGUAAAGGUCCGUUUGUGUUUGUGCGUUCGCCUGUGCAUCAAGCCGGACGUGUCUGGCGAUUAGUGUUUGUCUGCGUGUUCGCUGUGAAACUCCGUGAGCACCCAAGAGGAAGCAGACUGCAAAUAUUAAACCAGUGAAGUCAAGCACCUCCCCCCCCCCCGAAGAAUCAUUAUGAAGGACCUCCAAGAAUCGGUAUAUAGAAAACAUGUGCGGGAGUGACUGGAGUGAUAAAUAGGGAAACUAACAGUAAACAAGGAAAAAUAAGUCACGAGUCCACUUCGUUGCCAUCCAAAAGUUCAAGUUCGGGUGAGUUUCUGCAAAUGAUAACAGGAACAAGACAACGAAGACGCAAACCAAACCGACCUGAACGAAGUGCCCCAUAAACUGGAAACGCUGAAGACGACGACUAAACUGAGAAACACAAGAAUAAGAAGUAAAGGAAAACAAAAACAAUAACGAGAGUAGUACAAUUAUUCGAAGCGUGUAAGCCACAACCUUGAGCCAGUGACCGCGAUAACGAACGAACCGAACACAAAUACAACAAAAACAACAAUUGCAAGAUAAAAACAAACAUUGGAACUAUUAAGACUGCACAAACCGAACAAAGAUACAAGAAAGACAACCAUAGGACAAAAAUAAACAUUGGAACUUUUUUACGAGUGAACGACAGAACGAACACCGACAGAACAAAGACAAUCACAAUAUCAAAACACAUCGGAACUUUUUUUUACGAGUGAACGAACACCGACAGAACAAAGACAAUCACAAUAUCAAAACAAACAUUGGAACUUUUCUUAUGAGUGAACGAACGACCAAAGACAGAACAAAGACAACUAUACCAAGCUCAAAACAAACACUGGAACUUUUAUAUGAGUGAGCAGAACAAAGCUAAAACAAAGACAACAACGACUACAAGAUCAGAACAAAUACUCCAACCUGUUUAACCAAUCUUCCGAACCAGUGACAGCGAACGAAGAAACAAACCACGCAACAACGAGAGGCGGAUAAGAAAAGAAGAAAAACAGACUCUUGAAACUCAUAAGCCGAGGCCGUGACCCAGCACACGCGAUGACGAACUAGGCGGUGACGAGAUGGUGCCUGAGAGUGCCAUGAGAGAAAGUGCCAUGGCCCCCCUCAGAUGCUGUGGGCGCGGUGGCGGGGGAUGCUGCGUCGAGAGGCGUGGAGGGUGCAGGAGACGCAAGAUAGUGGGCUGUGGCACGGCGUGGAAGCAGAUGGUGAAGGUCAUGGUCGUGAUGGUGGUUGCGGUGGUGGUGGUGUUGGUGAGCCCGGUGGAAGGCAAGACGAAUCGGUCCACUUUGGCCCCGAGCCGCAACUCUCUUCAGGGCCUGGAUUCGCCCUGCCCUAUGGCCUUCCAGAAGUUAGGGUCCCGGUGUUACUUCUACGGCUACUUCCCUCUCAACUGGUUCCGCGCCGCCGAGUUCUGUCACUCCUUCGGCCGCGGCGUCUCCCUGGCCACGCUGGAGACGGCCGAGGAGAACUACUACGUGAAGAAGUGGCUGACGCUGAAUGGCAACCACAACAGCGGCGUGUGGGUGGGCGGGUCUGACAACGGGCACAACGGAAAGUGGGCGUGGUUCCCUACAGGCCAGUUGGUGAGCUACAGCAACUGGGGCCCGUCUCAGCCCAGCGGCGGGGACCAGCACUGCAUGUAUCUGGUUGGCGGCCUGCUCGGGUACCAGUGGGCCGACUUCCACUGCGAGUUCGACAUGAAUUUCCUCUGCGAACACAGCGUCAACCAAGUGCAAGUGUGGAGGAGGAGGAAGAGGAAGAAGAAGAGGAAAAGAAGGAGUCUGUGGUAGCAUUGCAGUCCUCGUUGCGUUGUGCUGCCUAUUGCCUUCAUCACCAACUCAUCAACAUACGACACUGAGAAUGACCAGCCAACUUGCACCUGCCGAGCCCCUCUCCCACUGGUGCUGUGAGGCGACCAAGCACAUUAUAUUGGCGGCGGCGCACUGUUACCACUCUGCAGGGCGAGGAGACAGAUAGGCUUCGGAUGCGAGGUUGGUGGGUGCUGGAGGAGAGUAGGGGACGGUAGCGGGGUAUGUAGAGUGGUAAUAGAUGUUUGGAAGAGGGGGUAGUGUUCGAGCUUAGUUUUAUAGAAGGGAAGAGAAAGUACGUAUGGUAUUAAGUUUGGCAGGUUGUUAAUGUAUGUAUGUGUGUAGUUGUUCAUGUAUUAUUAUUAUUAUUAUUAUUAUUAUUAUUAUUAUUAUUAUUAUUAUUAUUAUUAUUAUUAUUAUUAUUAUUAUUAUUAUUAUUAUUAUUAUUAUUAUUAUUAUUAUUAUUGUUGUUAUUGUUGUCGUGCAUAUAUUUGCUGUAGUUACUAUUGUUAUUGUUUUGUAGUUGUUGUAGAUGUUUGUUUAUAUUGUUGGUGCCGUUCUUUAUCUAGCAUUAAGCAGGAACAUAAAGUACUAUGUAUUUUUGUCGAUGAACUAUUUAUGCAUAUUAUGGUAGUUAUGUCCUUUCUCCUCAAUCUCUCCCGCUGCACGCUGGUCAGCUCCUGAUGGUUAUCAGGCAGGUAACACAAUCGUUGAGGCCACAUCAGUGAAUGAUUUCAGGUAUAUAUAUGUCAGCAUGAGCCACUUAUAAGAUAUACCCUGAUUAUGUUGUUGUUCAAAGAUUAAUAUAAGUCCCUCCUCGGAGGGGCCAUGAGCCUCCUAGUCGGGUGACGACUCAUGGAGAAGGCGCCGACUUUAUCGGCUGACGCCGUCUAAGUCGAUUUGUCGACGAGGACUGGCGUGUCUCUUACCAGCCUGAUUAGCUCAGACUGUAAUUUGGGUGAAGCAGCAAAGCAUCAAGUGGGGCAUACGAGUCUCACUCGGUAUGCUGGUAAGUCACACCGACUCCGCAACUCAACCAGAUUUUGUAGUUAACCUUCAAGCCUUACUUUCUCCUACUGCACAGCAUUGUAAGGGUGACCUGUCUAUUCUUCAGUCUGGUUCCUAGAGUCACUGGGUCAUAAGUGUUGCCUUUCAGGAGCACACAGGCAGAUGGCAAGUAUCUACUAAAGGUGGUAAAAAGCGAAAAUAUGGUUAUUGAAAAUAGCAAUAAGGAAGAGAAGUUAAUAUGAAUUACGUUUACUUGAGAGAACCGUGUUCUUCCAUGUUAACUAGAUACAUCACGAACAUGAUGAAGAAAGUGAUAAAUGUGAUUCACAAAGGACACAAAAAGAAGAGGAUUAUUCUGUUGGACGUGAGCUGACGAGAGCAUCAUGGACUGGGUCAGCGUAGGGCGAAUGUUUUCUUGUACAUCAUUUUCUGAAAACACCGUGCUAACCUAUUUCGGGAAGGUUGCAGUGACCGCACAGAUGCUAACGAU